AGAACCUAUCGGACCUCCCCUACGCCAUACAUGUACAGCUCCUACAUUAUGGCUUCUACUGUCGGACGCUUCCUUAGAGAACUGAGAGCCCUCAACAUUCGAACUUUCCAUGGACUCCCGGUGUCGUCAACGACAAGAAAAGCAAACGAUUAUGCUACGAUGCCAGCUGCGCCAGAUGGUUUUGGAAUUCGUUCAGAGGAGGAUCUAACUGGCGAGUCGAGAGCCAAAAUAGAUGCCCGGCUAAGUGCCGGUGACUUCAUUAUUUCGCAUCACUAUAUGCUCGUAGGUCCAGUAGUAUUGCCUUGAGCCUUUUAUGUACUAUCUGCCUGCUUAGCGUAACUUGUAGCUAAAAAUAUAACAAGUAUCGCAGCAAUUUGAGUCAGCGCUGAAAAUGAACACGUAUUUUUGCCAUUUAUUUCGGCCAGGAUCACUUUUUUUAAUAUCAUUUAUUAUGUUAUUUUUGUUGCGUUUAUUUUGUUGUUUCACAAGUAACCGGUUU